AUGCAAGAGGCUGGGAAGAAUCUCGAGCGCUCGCACGCUAUGGGCGCACGAAUCGCGAACGAGGAGCGCCGCCUCAUCGAGGCUGUGCGACGAAGUGAAGCGUGGGCGACCUGCUCUUCGCUGGUGCUUGGCGUGGAAAUGGAGCUGUCGAUCGGCGUAAGCACCAUCGAUUCCUUCGAUGAUUGGCAUUUAGCCCUACGAUCGCUCUUCGUCUGUUGCUCGACCGCCUCAAUGCUGUGCAUGGGCUGGGUGGCCUACGACGCCCUGCUCGCCGCCGAGGAGGCGCUGGCGAUGGCACACGACCAUGGCGCGACGAAAGAUGCGGUCGAGUCGCUUCGCGCGUGGCUGCAGGUCGAGCGGGGACGUCGGACACGCACAUCUACCACGGUUUACCCGCCGCUCGAGACCAUGAUCGUAGCCGUCCUGUACCUCGAGCGAUGCCUGCGCCACCUGCGGAUCGUCUUUAGCUGGGGGCUGCUUCUAGCGGCGGGAACCUUCUUCUGCUACCUGGGCACGCUCUCGGCGGCGAGCGAGCCACCCUUCUACUCCGGCGUCAUCGUCGUCGUCUUUUGCACUGCUGCACGCUCCGCAUGGAAGAGGCGGUUGCGCGGCAUGAUUACCACCAGGGCGUCCAGUGAGCGCGGCACCGGGCUGCUGGGGCUGGGCAUCUCUAGCAGUGUCGUUACGCAUGCCCCCUCCCCUCCUGGGCGCAUGCGCCUCACGUGGCAUAAGCUCUUGCGGACCGGCCUAUCGUCUGGCUCGCUCUUCUUUGGCGCCCACAGCGCCUCGGACGAGGCGUGCGUGCUCCACCUCGAGCCAGAGCCAGGCAGCAAAGGAUCAUCCGUCCGCGGCAGCGGCGGCGGCGGCGGCGGCGGUGGGAUGUGGAGGCUGACGCUGCUCGAGCAGGGAGCGCGGCAGUGGACCGUCCCUCUCUCCGCGCUGUGUGACGUCCGCCUCGACUUUGUGGUCGGCCACCACCGCCACCACGCCGACUCUCCGGCCGGCCGCCGGCGCGCUCGGCACCACUUCUGCCUGGUGCUGCGCGGCCGGCCGCCGGUCGCGCUGUGGAUGCCGACGGACGCCGAGCGGAGGGAGGCGGUGGACGCGCUGCUGGCCGCCCUCAAAGGCCACACCGUGCCGCACAUCGCUGUUCUCCGCCUCGGGAUGCUCGGUUGCAGCAGCCAUGGCGGCGAUCCUCUGGUGGCGGCGCUGGCGGCGCGCAAGCUGGUGCUCUUCUCUGCGGAGUGCCGGCCCCUCCGCGUCCUGCGCCCGGUCUGCGUGGUCGAGCAGCCAAAGCAGCGGGUGCGGCACACGGCGGGCACGGUGACGCUGGCGGCCGCCUCGCCGGAGAUGAAGAGGCUUUGGUGCAGCGCGAUCGCCGCCGUGUGCAGCGGCGGGGCGCCUUCGGUGGAUGCGCUGUCGCGCCUCGCGCCGAGUCGUGCCUGCUCCGAGGCGUCGUCGACGGGGAUGUGCCCACGUGGUGGGGGCUGCCCAUGUGUGGCGGCUGGCUGGAUGGGCGAGCUGGCAGCUCUCUCUGCGUCGAAGGACCGCAUGUUGCGGAGCCUCGACCGGUUUGAGGUCGAGAAGAGGCUGCUGCUCGGCGAGAUCUGCGCGUGCCUGCUGCAGCAGUGCCUUGAGAAGGAGUCCAAGCUGCGCCGGCUGGCCGAGACGGUGGUGGCGCUGCCCUCCGAGGCAAUCUCUGCGCGGCGCGACUCCGGCCUGACCCCGCUCGAGACCGCGCUGCGCAGCCGCUGCCACUUUUUCGCCGUCUACCGGCAGGGCGAGCCCGCGGCGGCGGCGGCGGCGUGUGUGCUCGUGGUUGACGACGAGGAGGGGGAGGUGCUCCUCCUCAGAGGCGGCGAGGUGCAGCAGCGUCUCGAGCAGCGCGAGCUGCUCGCGCCCGCGCACUUCCGCGCCGGCGAACCGCUCUCAGGGCAGGGCGGCGGCGCGCCCCGGGAGCGCUGCUGCUUUGCGCUGGUCUCGAGCCGGGGCGGGCUGCCGACGGCGCUGCACGCCUCGUCUCCAGCAGAGCGCGAAGAGCUGCUGCGUGCGCUGCCAUGCGGCGGCGGCGGCGGCGGCGGCGGCGGCGGCGGCGGCGGCGGCGGCGGCGGCGGCGGCGGCGGCCCUGCGCCUCGCAUGCCGUCGCCCUUGCUGCACGCUGCCGAGCUGGUGGCUCAGCGGGUGGGUGGGGGCGUGGCGGCGGGCCGGUGGGGCGUGCUGCUCCCUGGCACGCUGCUGCUGCUGCAGGGCCCCGAGUUCGAUCUGCCGCUGCUCGCCGCGCCGCUCGCCGGCUCGAGGGCGACCUUCCGCCCCUCCAGGCCGCGCAGCCUGACGCUGCGCCUCGCGAGCGGCGGCGAGCUCGCCUUUUCCACGGGCGAGGCGGGGUCCAUGGCUCAGUGGGUCGCCGCCCUCGAGGCGGUCAUCCCCGUCGCCCAGCUGCAGUGCCUCGGGGGCGAGCUCGCGCUGUGCGAGGACGAGGAGCGACAGGCGCAUCUGCAGGGCCGGAGGCGCGUGGCUCAGGCGGCGGCCAAGCUUCGCGGCGAGAGGGCGAGCGUGCUGCCCGCGCUGCUGCGUGCGCCGUCGUCGGCCCUUUGGAGCGGCGCGGGCGGCGAGGAGGCCGCGCUGACGGAGCGGUUGCACGCGGUGACGCAGCUGAACGCGGCGGUGACGCAGCUGAACGCGGCAGUGCGCGAGGAGCUCGAGGAGAGGGAGCGCGAGAUCGGGCAGCUGCAGCGCGCGGCGAGUGGAUUGGAACCGACUACACUCUCUCGCGAGUCACACUCCCUUGAACGUAGGCAGCUGCAGCGCGCGGCCGUCGCGUUUGGCGCUGCCGACUGGGAGUGGUCGACGCACAUCUCCGACGGCCUCAGUCUCUGGGACGUUUGGCUACGCGCCAAGGAGACGUUGCGCCAACAGCCGUUGCCGCCGCCGCCGCCGCCGCCACAGCCGCCGCCGCGGGUGGCGGCGGCGUCUCCGCCGCCCUCCGCGCCGGUCGCUGGCGCGGGCGGCGCUGCGCAGCCCGCGCCGUCCUGUGCGCGGUCGCCUCCCGAGAAGCCGUCGAUGUCGUUUUUGCAGUCGGUCCGCUCGCUCAGCACGGGCUUGCCCAUCGGGGUGCUCUCGAGCGACGCCGACGUGGAUGCGGCCCUCAGCAGGCAGGAGGCGCGCACGGAGCAGAGGGAGGAUUGGCUCAUCUCACUUGCCAACCGGCUGCUUGAAAUGUAGGAUGUGCUCUGUUUCAGUUCGAUUCUUGGGUGCGGAAUCUUGUGUUGCCUCGGCCAAUUUAUAUCUUUCUAACC